AUGGAAUUUCUUUCACAAUAUGAUGCAAGAAUUGUCUACAUUAAAGGGGACAACAACAACAUUGCCGACGCCCUCUCCUGUCUGCCUGUAUCAGAUUCAACAUCCACAGAUGCAUCCACGAGGCAUCCAUAUGAUUUCUGUGAAGAUGAUGACACACUGUGGAGGUCUUUACCCUCCCCCACAUAA